UCAACGUUAACAUUUCAUUUGAAUAUUGUUUUAGUUUUUAGCAAUCCGGCAAGCAAAUAAAAAUUCUCAUCUCAAAAUCAUCGCCUGCAUAUCACAAUAUAUAAUUGAAGGUACGUAACUUAUUGGCCGUCGAAAAUAGCAACAACAACAACGCUGUCCAGUGUCUUUCCACGACUUCAACCUGCAACGAUUCAGAAUCAUAGUUUUCAAAACUACUCGUUCGAAAAACGAAGGAAUCGCACAGUCAAAUGCUAAGCGACAAGGAAAUUAUUUAUGCUUUACACACGCACAACGUUAGGCCCGAUUCGAUGGGAAACUAUUUGAAUAACUACAAAAACACUGUUGGUUUGAUAAACGAUAAGAAGGCCAAUCUUUCUUGCGAUUUGGUGGCAUCAUGGACCGUUCAGGUGAGCGAUAUGGAUCAAUGCUUGCACCUUUGGAAGUACACCGGAAGUUUUGAGAAGAUUGACCAGGCAAAGGAAGAUCUUUGGAACGACCCGAAGUACCUCAGUUUGAUGCAAGAGCGUUCGAAGCUCUUGCGAUCCCGUCAUCUUCAAUAUCUGUUUGCCAUUAAUUCGCGAGAUGCACUGCCGCGUUCUUGCUCCAACUGAGUUCUCACCUUCACAAUGAUUACCUGGCGGGCUAUAUUUCUUCGCAGUCUGAUGUAAAUUUGAAGCUUACCAACGCUUAAACACCUUUGCUGUGAAUUGCUGAGAGUUACGACUUCGCCUCUUUUCCUGUAAAAUAGUUAUUGUAAAUAAUGCCAGCUAUCUAUGCAAUCAUUUUAAUUUUUUUUUGUGGUAUAAUUAAUGUCAAAGUUGAAAUUGUUCUCGAAAUUUUUACAAGCCUCUAUGCGUGUAUCACUUUCGACGACCUUUGAAUUUAACAAAACCAAUUUUGUUUUUAUAAAAUAAAGCAAUUAUGAAACUGUUAAAAAAAAAAAA